CACUGCGUGAACAAUGGCGCGUACUUCACAAUUGUCUGUCGGACGCUAACCUAAAACAUGUACAAUUGUGAUUACGAAUUGUUGUGGAAAGUGCAAUUAUAAGAGUAUUAUUUUUAAAAAAUGACGGAGAAAGCGAAAACCAUGAGCCACGUGAAACAUAUUCCGAAGGAUGCCCAAGUUAUAAUGUCAAUUAUGAAAGACAUGGGGAUUACAGAUUACGAACCGAAGGUUAUAAACCAAUUGCUCGAAUUUACGUAUCGUUAUGUUACUUGCAUAUUGGACGACAGUAGAAUUUAUGCAAAUCAUGCUAAAAAGAAGUUCAUCGAUUUAGAUGAUGUUAGGUUGGCAGUUAAGAUGCAGUUAGAGCGUACAUUCACAAAUCCGCCGCCAAGAGACGUGUUAUUAGAUGUUGCUCGAGCGAAAAACAAUGUGCCACUUCCAUUUGUCAAGUCGAACACUGGCUUAAGAUUACCACCUGACAGAUUUUGUUUGAAUGCAACGAAUUACAAACUUAAAAAUGUGACGAAAAAGAUUGUUGGAAAACCGUUACAUCCUUUGGUCGGAAACAACAUCCAAGGUGGUCAAUCCAAAAUCAAAGUUGAAAGUAAUAAAUCAGGUCUUUCUAUAGUCAAGAGGCCAGGCACACUUGCAACGGUUGCCAGAACUCAAAGUAUUUCUAUGCCAAAACCGGUGCUGAAGUUUUCAACAGCUACGGCUGGAGGAGGCACUGUAAAAGCACAAGUAGGUAAACCAAAAAUACAGAUUUCCUCAGGGCAAACAAUGCCUCCUGUCAAAGUAGAAGUCGAAGAGUCCAUGAAGAGGAAAAGAGAAGACGAUGACUACGACGUACCAUAACUAAACACUGGUUGAGUUUUUAUUUCAUAUUUUUUAUUUGUAUCAUAUGUACCAAUGGCGAUUUUAUUGUUUCGCAAAAAAGUAACGGUCCGUAAUUUUCUCUUUUUGUAAUUAGUAUUGAAUAUCAGAUGGAAGUAUAUUUUUUAACUGAAACCGCUGUAUAAAGUAUAAAUAAUGAAUGAAAGAAAUUA